GUGUUUAUUUACAAUUUUGUUUACUUUUAUUAGCAUGGUAUCUUUUUUUCUCGAUGGUUAGUGACAGUAAUUAUCGAAUGAAUGAAGAUAAAAAUUAGAAAUUUUUGAUUUCUCAAGCAAUAUUUUCAGCUGUAUUAUAAUAAUAAUUGUAAAUUUCAUAAUUUAUUAUUAUUUUUUUCAUGCACAUUAGUUAUAAGAUAACUAAUUUAUGUUUGAUAAAAAGUCGACAGUUUUUAAGUUUAAAACUUCAACAUACUCAGAAGGUGUAUCAUAGUUUCCAAAAAUAUCCAGCAAUUUUUAAAAUGCCUCGAAACAAAGACGAAAUCGCAGCUUUAAAAGAAAUUAGGAUGAAAAAAAGAAAACAAUGCAAAAGUGCUCGUUUCCCACCUGGUGAAAUAUAUCUAUGUGUGUUGGGAAACGGAUCGAUUUCAUCUCCUAAAGCUCUUUAUAUGUUUACCGAUCAUGAGAGAUAUCUUUUUAAUUGUGGUGAAGGAACUCAAAGGUUAUCAUCAGAACACAAGACAAAGUUAUCCAAAUUAGAUAAUAUCUUUAUUACUCAUAAAAGCUGGGAUAAUAUUGGUGGUUUAUUAGGUUUAUCUCUUACUUUGCAAGACAUGGGUGUUCCUGAAAUUACUCUACAUGGUCCACCUGAAAUAGAUUCAUUAUUUGACCAAGCCAGAUCUUUUGUUGUACUAAAAAGCCUUGACAUUGGAGCAAAACCCUUAUGCGAGGAAAAGUUUUCAGAUGAUUGUAUGGAUGUUUCUUACAUUCCUAUUUUAUCUGAAGAUUCAAGUGAUGACUAUAAUUCUGAUUCUUCAGGCAGCAGCUCUCAAGAAUUUGAUGAUAUUGAUGAGCCUAAACCAAAGAAAGUGCGCUAUUCUUCACAAAAGAAAAGAUGCCAAGAUAUGGUUGUUGCAUAUGCCUGUAAGGGUCACAGUAAACCUGGUCAACUGUUAUAUGAGAAAUGCAUUGAUUUGGGAGUUCCACCGGGUCCUUUGUUAGGAGAUUUAAAAAAUGGCAAAGAUGUUUGUCUACCUACAGGGAAAGUUGUUCUUUCAAAAGAUGUUGUGUCUGAAGUUCAGCAUUGCCCAGUUUUCUUAGUUGUAGAGUGCCCUUUACCUAAAUUUCUUAAGCCUUUUGUAAGUGAGGAAAAGUUUUCUCAGUAUCAAGACGCCUCAUCUCCUUCAUCUGAAGCAGCCUCACUUGUUGUACAUUUUACCCCGCCAAAUAUUUUGACAACUCCAGAAUAUCAAGAUUGGAUGAACAAGUUUCCUGAUUCAACGUGCCAUUUGAUUUUAAACAAAACCAAUGCAACUCUUAAUAGUGCAGGAGUUCAUCGAAUCCAGCACAAGCUAAACUUGUUGCACCCUGGAAUAUUUAGUUUACUACAUGAAAAUGAUACUGCAGAAGAAUUUAGAGAAUAUCAAAAAGAAAACAUUAUUCAAGCCAACACUUUAGAUAGAUAUUACUUGCGUCCUCCUAGAGGAUUAGAUAGAAGUUUUAGCAUAAAGAUGAAUUCAGAAGAAUUUAUUGAGGAAGCUAUGCUAAUAGAAGGUUUUCAAGAAAGUCUCAAUCACCUGAAAAAUAAUAUACAACAACAUUCACUGCAACAAUCUAAUAAAGAUCAUUUUCCCAUCAUGUCAUUUCUUGGGACAGGCUCUUGUAUUCCGAGCAAAGCUAGAAAUGUAUCAGCAAUAUUAGUAAACACAAGUGAAAAUAAAUAUAUUUUGCUAGAUUGUGGUGAAGGGACUCACGACCAGUUAGUUAGGCUGCAUGGUAAACAUCAUAAGAAAGUCUUGGAACACUUAAAUUGUAUUUUUAUUUCUCAUAUGCAUGCUGAUCACCAUUUGGGUUUAAUUAAAAUUUUAAAAACCAGAGAAGAUUUGUACCGAAAUAUGAAAAUUCAAAAUAAACCUCUUUUACUUAUUGGACCAAAACAGUUAAACUUUUGGUUAAAAAACUAUCACAGGCAGAUAGAGCCCAUUACUUAUCUCUACAGGUUCUUAGAAUGUACUUGUUUGGAGCAUAAUCAGAUGGUAAAAUUAGAAAACACUAUAAAAAUUAGUAAACAUAUUCAAAUAUCAACAGUUCCUGUGCAACAUUGCCCUGAUGCUCAUGGUGUUAUCAUAGCUCCCAAAGAUUCUAAAUGGAAAAUAGUCUAUUCUGGAGAUACUAUGCCUUGUGAAAAACUAGUUGAAGCUGGUCGAGAUUGUUCUGUAUUGAUACAUGAAGCUACUAUGGAAGAUGAUUUGCUUGAUGAGGCAGUCAUUAAAAAACACAGUACAACUAGUCAAGCAAUCAAGAUAGGUGCAGAUAUGAACUCAAACUACACCGUACUUACUCAUUUUAGUCAACGGUAUGCAAAGAUACCACUCUUUAAUGAAAAUUUUCACAAUCAUGUUGGCUGUGCCUUUGAUAAUAUGACAGUAUGUUCCGAUGAAUUAUACAUUCUACCUUUGCUUAUUCCAGCAUUGAAAUGCUUAUUUGCAGAAGAUGUCGAAGAUAUGAAUAACAGGGGCGAUAAAAGAAAGAAGAGAAUUGAAUUAAUUAAUUCAAUGUUAAAUGAAUCAGUUGCAAAUAAAAUGUAAAGUAAUGUUAUUGAAUGUAAAUAAAUAUUUUAUUUUCUAUUUGCAUUUAGUUAGCAAAUUUAAAAUAGUAGUAUGCGAAAUUUAUACUCAACUGCAAAAAAUUUUAAAAAAUUCUUAAGUUUUAAUUUAGAUAACUGAAAUAACAUUGAUUUAUUGAUAUUUUAUUACUUAACUCUUGUACUAAAAUUUUAUACUUAAGCUGUGGAAUUUUCAUUGUGAAUAUGAAUUUUAUCUUUUUAACACAUAGAUGUGUACACCUACCAUACUAUCUAGCUUUUGGCCAUUGAAUUAUUGUCUCAGGCCUUUUUUCUAUUAAGUGGAUAAAUUAGUUGAUCCAUGUACAA